UUUCCGACCGAAACCAAACCGAGAAUACAAACUUGGGUAGUACUGAUUGUUUGGUCGGCUACGCUUUGAAAAUUCCCCUACCGACAAGAGACGGUUCGGCAUCGAUUCUUGGGUAGGUUUGCUGGUGAAUCAUAAGAACAAAUUGAGAGCAGCAAAUAUCUGUAACCAUGCCGCAGGGAGAUUAUAUCGAUCUUCACAGGAAGCGAUAUGGGUACAGACCUGACCACUUUGAGCGCAAGCGCAAGAAGGAGGCUCGUGAGGUCCACAAGCGCUCUAAAACUGCACAAACGGCUCUGGGUAUUAAGGGCAAGCAAUUUGCCAAGAAACGCUAUGCAGAAAAGGCUCUGAUGAAGAAAACAUUGGCUAUGCAUGAGGAGUCAUCGACUAGGCACAAAGUCGAUGAUGAUGUUCAUGAAGGAGCUGUUCCAGCAUAUUUGUUGGAUCGUGACAAUACAACAAGAGCAAAGACUCUUAGCAAUUCCAUCAAGCAAAAACGGAAAGAGAAAGCUGGGAAAUGGGAAGUCCCUCUGCCUAAGGUGAGGCCUGUAGCUGAAGAUGAGAUGUUUAAAGUGCUUAGAACGGGCAAGCGCAAGACUAAGCAAUGGAAGCGGAUGAUCACUAAAGCCACAUUUGUAGGACCUGGUUUUACGAGGAAACCUCCCAAGUAUGAGCGAUUUAUUCGGCCCAGUGGAUUGCGAUUCACUAAAGCUCAUGUGACACACCCCGAACUCAAAUGUACUUUUAAUCUCGAGAUUAUCGGGGUGAAGAAAAACCCUAAUGGUCAGAUGUAUACCUCUCUUGGUGUUUUGACCAAGGGAACCAUCAUUGAGGUGAAUGUAAGUGAACUUGGUCUAGUCACACCUAAUGGGAAAGUUGUUUGGGGGAAAUAUGCUCAGGUGACAAAUAAUCCAGAGAACGAUGGAUGCGUAAAUGCAGUUCUGCUUGUCUAAGAGGUUGAACUGUCGAGCUUUGAGGGUACUCUUCUGAUCUUUGCAUCGCACAUCUAUUCUUCGCCAUGCAAAUUAGCUCUUACCCAAACCUUGGGAAUCAAAAAUAUGGCUGUAAUGGGAUGUGUAGAUGUAUAAUUUUAGCUUUCAAACAUUUUUUGAUUCAUGCAUAUUUUUGCAAAUGUAGGAUUAUUGAAUUGUAUCCUCAAACUAUUAUUACUUUAUCAGUCCAACUAAUUGUGUCGUA